CCACGGCAAAUCAUUCAGUGACCGGCUUCGGUCGCGAGCGCUUGCGUGCUAAACAAAAUAAAAUUUAAAGACAUUUUUACGAAACUUUUAUUGAAAUUAUAGUGUUUUCUACAUUUGGUGUUAAACUGUAUUAUAUUUGAAGUGAAAUUGUUGUGUUUGAAAUUGAUUACGUGUGAAAAGGAUUGCUUCCAUCUUGAUUUUUACAGUUAGUGAAUACAACCAGUAACAAUGCCUACACAAGCUCGCUGCGACCGGGUGCCUCCUCCUCAUGCCAAAUGGGACGCUCUGGACCUGAGGGUGCUGCAGGAAGAUGAUCUACCACUUGAUCCUCGCUCCUGGGGCCGCGCGGAGGUCGGCACGUGGGUGUCGCGACGUGGCGGUCUACCGGAGCGGUUCCCAAUGAAUGGGAAGGCGCUGUGUCUCAUGUCCAAGGAUAUGUUCGCCUCGCGAGUGCCUCAUAACGGGCAUGUGCUACAUCAGGACUUCAGGAGAAGACUAGCGAAGGCAUUAGCCCUUCAGGAACUAAUAGAAAAAAUCGCAACCCAUUGACUGAAAAUAUAG